CCAGCUGAUCGCCACCACAACAACAAUGGCCGAGGCUCCUCCCGACACCGCCAGCCUCAAGUACUCCAUUCACAAAUAUUCCACCUUCUCGGCCAAUUACGCCCCGGAAAAUAUUCUGGAAGACAAACCAAAUGACCAGGCAUCACGAUGGUCUUCUGACUCAAAUAAUCCACCACAGUUCCUGAUAUUAAAACUAGAACGUCCAGCAGUGUUAAAAACUAUAACUUUUGGGAAGUAUGAAAAAGUUCACGUCUGCAACAUCAAAAAAUUUAGGGUCUAUGGAGGUUUAUCAGAUGACAACAUGGUGCUCCUGUUAGAAAGUGGAUUGAAAAAUGACACUGUCCCUGAGACUUUUCUGUUAAAGCACACAGUGUCUGGACAUCAGUUUCCAGUCCGCUAUGUAAAGAUAGUUCCUUUACAGUCAUGGGGAUCAACCUUCAACUUUAGUAUUUGGCAUGUUAGUCUUGGAGGCUGUGAGGACUGGAACAUUGUGCAGAAAUGUAUCAACUGGUAUACAACUUAUCGGGAAAGAGAAGCCAUCCGCCUGUGUCUGAAACAUUUCCGCCAGCAUAAUUACACAGAAGCAUUUGAAUCUCUGGAGAAGAGGACACGUGUCACUUUAGAAGAUCCUAGACUAACCAAGCUUCACAAACUCUUAGUGGAACAAGGAGAUUUUGACGGCAGUGAGAAACUCAUAAGCGAGGCAGCACGAGAUGGAUUAUUUCAACAAUACAUCAGCCAACAAGAAUAUAAGCCACAGUGGACACCCAUCAUCCCAUCCCCAACUGGCAGUCGUCAGCAGCCUGGCAUGAGAGGCGGUCACCAAAUGUGUAUUGACACAAAUACUCAGACUAUAUACUUGUUUGGAGGGUGGGAUGGCAACCAGGAUUUGAGUGACUUGUGGUCCUACCAAGUGUUGUCACAAGAAUGGACUUGUAUAUCACGUGAUACUCAUGCAAAGGGAGGGCCAAGUGCACGUUCCUGUCACAAGAUGUGUUUGGAUCCUGAACGUAGGCAGAUUUUCACCUUAGGAAGAUAUCUUGACUCAGCUCUUCGAGUUCCAGAAAACUUAAAAAGUGACUUCUAUAUGUAUGACAUUGAAAACAACAAAUGGACACAAAUCACAGAAGACACAGCUGCUCUUGGAGGCCCCCGGCUAAUAUUUGACCAUCAGAUGGUGAUGGAUGUAGAGAAUCGAAUAAUUUACGUCUUUGGAGGCCGAGUGCUCACCCCCUCACGAUGGGAGGGUUUGGGGCUGGAUGAACGACGCAACAAUACCUACACUCCUAGCGAAGCAAUAUUCUCCGGUCUCUAUUCAUACCAUGUAGCAACUAAUACAUGGACUAAGCUAAGAGAUGAUGACUGUGCAGGGAAUGGCACAGGACCUCAAGAUAUUAAAUCUAGAAUUGGACACUCUAUGCUCUUCCAUAGUGGGACCCGGCAGCUAUUCAUACUAGCAGGUCAGAGGAACAAGGAGUACCUGACAGAUUUCUUUACCUACAACAUAGACUCUGACACUGUAACCUAUAUUAGUGAUGGAUCUGGAAAAGAUUCUGCCUCUGUACCUGCUGCCGGAUUCACUCAGAAAGCAACAAUAGACCCACAGUUAAAUGAGAUCCAUGUGCUGUCGUUGCGUGUGGAUUUGAGGGCUAGGUACUCCACAGGCAGCCACAAAGGACUCAGCAAAGACAAGGAGAAGAGAGAAGAAAAUGUCCGUAAUUCAUUUUGGGUGUAUGACAUAUCUCAGAAUAAGUGGUCUUGUAUAUAUCGUAAUGAGCAAACUGGAGAAACUUAUUGGAAUAAAAUGCAGCAUGUAGAACCAUGUCCAAGAUAUGCACAUCAGUUAGUGUAUGAUGACACUAAAAAGGUUAAUUAUAACAUUGAAAAGCAGUUGGCCAAAUACAGUGUGUUUCUCAGACACAUCCAACUCAAUAUAGAACUUCAGUUUAUCAGAAGUUUGUUUCCUAAAAGCUUGUUCGGAGACAGUACAUUUAUCUUGUAUGAAGAAUGGUCUCUGCAGAGUUUAAUAUCUGAUAUUAUAUUAACUGCAUUUUGUAUAACAUGGCUACUGUUAUGA